AUUAUGACGUCACAUCAGAAACAGUGCGCCAUUUUGUUAAAAAUGUGGGGGAAAUCUUUUAGAUUUUGAAGAACUGUGGGCUUUAAAAAAGAAAAUGUCAAGUAGAAGUUCAAAGCGGCGCAGUGAUGGGGCCAGCAAGAGCCGGUCCCAGCCAUCAUCCGCCAGUGUCAGCGAUGAGGAGAAUAUCUCUGAUGUGGAACAAGCAGAGAAUGACUCCGACGAUGAUGGCAGUGGCUCAGAACAGGAAAGGUUACCUAAGAAGUCAAGAGUCUCAUAUACAAAUACAUCAGCAUUCAGCAUGCCGGAUGACAUAAAAAAACUGACAGAGAGGAUUCUGUGUUGCUCUUGCGGCAAACAGCUCAACUACAUGAACCCUGGUGCAAUCCGUAAACACCCGUGGCUGAAAGUUGUCACUUGCAAGAAGUGUUACAAGUUCCUGAAGAGCGGAUCAUUCACGCGUGACGAUGAUGGUAUAGACGAACAGUGUCGGUGGUGUGGGGACGGUGGGCGACUUUAUGGCUGUGAUUACUGCAACCACUGCUUCUGCCGUUCAUGUAUCAAGCGGAACCUAGGCCGGUCAGAGGCCGCCAAGAUGGAAGAUGAAGCUGAUCGGAAGUGGCACUGUUAUUUGUGUAAGCCCAAGAAAAUUUCCAAGUUGACAGAUGACUGCAAAAAAAUCCUUGACUACAUUGAGAAGGAAGAUCAGAAAGAGAAAGACAAGGAAGAAAGGGCGAAGAAACGUGAGAAGGAAAAGGAAGAACAGUACAAGAGAGAUAGAGAGGAAAAGGUGAAGGCUAGGAAAGAAAGAGAUGCAAAAAAAGAAAGUGGCAAGUUGACUGUUAAAACUGAGGUGAAAUCUGAAGACAAGGAUGAAAAGACAACUCCCAGAAGAUCUCUGCCAGCUCCAAAAGAAAAAGAGGAGCUUAACGUAUCAGUAAAAGUUGAAACGAAAAAUGAUACACCUGCAAAAGUAAAUAUACCUGCAAAGGUGAAUGGAAAUCACACACCUGAUGUGAUUCUAGUGGAAAAUUCUCCAGAUAAGGGCAUCAAAGACAAAGUGCCACAUUUCCAGCACCACAGAGCGAAUCUGUACCAACCUCACAAGGAUGGUGUACAGAGAGUUGUCAAGGAACAAAACAUUCUACAUGUGACAGUGGGACCAAAGAAGCCAGUUGUUGUAUCAGCUCCAUACAAAGACAAUGUGUUUGUACCUAAAGUAAAUCAGAGUUCUGGUGGAAACAUAGUUUUGGUACCAAGUUUUGCUGGACAGUCACAAUUAAGUGCAUUAAAAGGGCCUAGGACUAAUUUUAGUACUGUUAUAUCAAAAUCAGCUACAACAGCUAAAACUAAUGAUAUCUUUCAUAUGAAAAAUGCUGUCACUAACUUAAAUGUUGAAGGUUUGUUAGACCGACUACAGCACUCCUCAAAGGCGUUCAGUUUACAAAUGGAGUCAAUUAAAACUGAUAUACAAAUUGCUAAGCUGUCAAGAGCAAAUAUGAACUUUGCUUAUGGAAGUGCAGUGUCAUCUAUGAAAAGCAGUAUAGAUGUUAUGUUCAACUCUUUUAGGGACAUGUUUAAUGUGCAGUUUGUUGCAAAUCAAGCAGGAAGUGAUGUGGUAACUGAAAAGGUUACUGAAAUCUCUGCUAAGAGUGAAGUGAAAAACACUGAAAUAAGUACAAUUGUGCUUGAUGACGAUGGUGCUAGUGACAAAAAGACUGUUGAUAAAAGUGAUAGUAUUGUAGACAUAUCUGAUAGUGAUAGUGGUAAGGAUGUUUCUGAAACAUCGGAUAAAGAGAUUAAGAAGGUGCCCUCGAAAUCAACAGAGGAUUUUGUAGUUGAAGUGAAUGAGGAUUACGACAAAAUGGAAGUAGAUGAUGAUACAACUGAUGAUAAAUCUGAUAAAACUCCAACAAAAGCUGAUGAUGAAUCUGAUAAAACUCCAACAAAAGAAGCAUGCGUGGAAACUGAGUGUGAGAAAAUAGACAAAGAGGAAGAGACAAACAAAGUAGACUCUGAUAAAAGUUCAUCUAAGACAAAACAGAGUGAGGAAAUGGAAACCGAGGAAGAAACUAAAGACUCAGAAAAUGAUAAAGCUAACAAGGCUAGUGAAGAAAAAAUUGACAAUUUGAAAGAGGUCAAAGACUCAAGUAAAGGGAAAACUAGCAGUGAAGAGGAAGUUGAAGAGAGUAAAAUUAUUGAGUCAGACCAAGAAGAAAGUAAAUCAGAUGAUAUUCUUGAAAAAAGUGAAAACACAGCUGCAGAGCUUGAGCUGUUAAAGGAAAUGGCUGAUGAGAUAAAUGACGGAAUGCAAGACUCAGAUGAGGAAAAGAAGGCUACUCGAAAGUCGACCAGAAGUAAGAAAGGGGAUAGAAGUGAAACUGAAAAUUCAGCUGCAGAGCAAGAACUGUUAAAAGAGAUGGAGGAAGAGCUUAACGAAGAACCUGAAGAUGAUGUGAAAAAGAAGCGAAAGUCCACUAGAAGUAGGAAAGUGGAUAAAAAAGAGAGUGAAAAUUCAGCGGCAGAGCAAGAGCUGUUGAAAGAAAUGGAGGAAGAGUUAAAUGAUGAUGAUGAUGAGCAAUCAGAAGAUGAAGUAAAAGUAAAGCGAAGAUCUCAUAGAAGUAAAAAACAAGAAGAUAAGAAUGAAACUGAAAAUUCAGCUGCUGAGAAAGAAUUGUUAAAAGAAAUGGAGGAAGAAUUUAAUGAGGACUCAGGAGAUGAUGUAAAAUCAAGCCGAAGAUCUGCAAGAAGCAAGAAACAAGACAAAAAAAGUGAAAGUCAAGAGUCAUCAAAAAAGUCUGGAUUGCCUAAAAAGACAGAGAAGGACAGUGAUACCGACAGGAGAAGAUCUAGUAGAUCUAAACCUGACAAAGAGGAGGACAGUGAGUCUGAUGAUACAGUAGAGGACAAGAAACGUUCUAAGUCUAAAUCCACAGACAUUAUAAAGAAAGAUAAAUCUUCUGACAAAAAAUCGGAAAAGAAAUCAGAAAGCAAGAAAGAUGCCAAGGACAAGGAUUCAAAUAAAGUUUCUGAUGAUUCCAAAAGCAAAGAAAAAAAAUCAGAUAAAUCUGAAAAGCCGGGAAAAGAAAAAAAGAAAAAAGAUGCAUCAGUAGAUGAUGAUUCAGAUGACACUGAGGUUGAAGGUGUAAAAGAUCUUCCAGACACUUUGUCCUCUGUAGAUACAUCAUCUGACAACGACAGUGACGACUUUGAUGCAGGCGCUCGGAAGCACAAGGGAAGAUCUGCAAGGAGUAACAGGAAAGAUUUGGACUCUUCAAAAAGAGAAACAAGAUCUAAACAGUCGAAAGGAGAGAAAAAGAAGGCAGAAAAGGACACUGAGGAGGACGAUUCAGACCCAGAGUUUGAUAGAGACCUUGAGAAAGAGAUAGAAAGUCUUUCCAAGGAGACAAGGCUUACUAGGGCCAGAAAAAAGGAUGGCAAGUCAGCACCAUCGAGCUCCAAGGAAAAGAAGGAUAGCAAGAAAUCAGAUAAAAAGAAGCAAUUGAUAGUAUCCGACUCUGAGUCAAACAGUGAUCUCGAAGAUGGUGAUAAUGUUGGACCACCAGCAGAUGAGGAUCAGGACGAUGAUGAUGAGGACACAGAUGUAUCUGAACAGCUCUCUCCUUCACAGAUUAAGAAACUCAAACAGGCCCAGAAGAAGGCUGUUGAGGAAGAGAGUGACUUUGAAGAAGAGAAUAUUAUAGACUCGGACAUGUCCAGUGAUCCAGAGGUAUCAUUCCCAAAACUUGGCUCACCCAAGAAAUCUGGCGGAGGAGGCAAGGGAGGUAAGAAGAAAAAAUUGGAGAUUGAAGAGCUGAGUGAUGAUUCUGACUUCAUUGCUCCAAAGAAGAAAAAGAAGAAAGGGUUCAAGAAUGACCUGUUGGAGGCAAAGAUCUCAGACAGCGACGAUGAUGAUAGUGAUUCAGAUAGCGGUGGGAGGAGAAAGAAAGGCAAAGCUAAAGGAAAGGGCAAGCGUAAGAAGGGUGCUGACAGUGACGACUCGGAUGCUGAGUCAGACGGCGGGAAGAAAAAAGACAAGGGGAGAAAACGGCGCAGAAUCAAGAGAAUGCCCUCAAGUGAGGAAGAAAGAGAGCCAGGAGCGGAUGAUGGUCUAGAGGAAGGCGAUGAUGAUGAUGAUAAUACACCAGGCGGCUACCUGAAGCGGAGGAGGAUUCGCAAGGUGCAGGGUACUAAGAAACUCGCGGAGGAGACAAAGGCUGCCCAGAAAGCUGAAGAAGAACGUAGGAAACGAAUAGAAGAACGCCAGAAAGAGUACAAUUCGUACGUGGAAGUGGAGGGUGGUGGUGAGGAAGAUGAGGACGUCCCUGAGGGUACAGAAACAGUGAAAGUCGACAAACCAGACGAUCCGACAGCCAUUGCAAAGAUUAUUGGGUCCCCUAAAAAGAUCCCUGUCACCACAAAGUGUGUUUUGGAGAUGGACAAGGAGACAAAGAAACCGCUUAUAGAGAUUGAUAGGACUCUAGUCAGAAAACUGAAGCCCCAUCAGGUAGCAGCCGUACGAUUCAUGUUCAACUGUUGUGUGGAAAGUGUUGCUCGUCUAAAGAAGGAUGGAGGGGCUGGUGCAAUCCUAGCUCACUGUAUGGGCCUUGGAAAAACUCUGUCUGUGAUCACGUUUGUUCACACGCUGUUGAGACAUGUAAAGCUCACAAAAAUGACCAAAUGUCUGGUUGUCUGUCCUCUCAACACAUGUCUGAACUGGGUCAAUGAGUUCGAGAUCUGGCUCUCUGAUGUGGACUAUGAGAUUGAUGUAUACGAGAUGUCAAAGGUAAAACAGAACUUUGAGCGGGCUCAGAUGCUAAAAGAGUGGCAUGAGAGUGAGGCGGGCGUGAUGAUCCUGGGCUACGACAUGUACAGGAACCUCGUGCAGGGCUCACACUGCAAGAACAAAAAACAGAAGAAAAUAUUCUAUGAGACCUUGGCAGAUCCUGGCCCAGACCUUGUUGUCUGUGACGAGGGCCACAUCUUGAAGAACGACCAGACGACCCUGUCCAAGGCAAUGAACAAAAUAAAAUCCCAACGAAGAGUUGUCCUCACCGGCACGCCACUACAGAACAACUUAGGAGAAUACCACUGCAUGGUGAACUUUGUAAAGCCAAAUCUACUGGGUACGCGGAAGGAGUUCUACAAUCGGUUUGCCAACCCGAUAACUAACGGACAGUGUAGCGACUCUACGCCGAUGGAUGUGAAAGUGAUGAAAAGACGAGCCCACAUUCUGCACGAGCUGCUGGAUGGAAGUGUGCAGAGAAAGGACUACUCCGCUUUGACAAAGUACCUACCGCCCAAGUUUGAGUAUGUUGUGUCUGUACGUCUGUCCAAAGUCCAGAUGCAGUUGUACGAGAAGUACCUCGAGUUGUCUGGAAUCAUGGGCGCUGACAUGACACGCACUAAGGGGGCGCGACUCUUCAAGGACUACCAGGCACUGAUGAGGAUCUGGACACAUCCCUGGGUGAUGAAACUUGAUGAAAUCAGGCAGGAAAACAAGAGGCAGUUCAGCGAUUCUGAAGACUCCUUUGUGGAUGACGGGGAUACGGAUGAAAUGGAUUCGUUCAUAGAUGACUCUUCUACAUCUAAUAGCGAUAAUGACAACUUGAGUGAUUCGGACAACGACAAGAAGAAAUCCAAGAAGAAGAAAGGCAAAGGGAAGAAGAAAGCUGGGUCGUCAUCAUCGGAUGACGAGAAAAAGAAAGAGGACAAAGAUGAGGUGGUGAAAAAAUGGACCUCUAAAAGAAGAGGCAAUGAGGAGGGAGCCGGCUCAUCUUGGAUGGAGGAUAUGGGAUAUGGCGGACCAAAGGAGUUGACGACCGAAUGGUGGGCAGAGUUUGUGAAGGAAGAGGAUGAACACAAACUUGAACUCUCUGGCAAACUCAUGCUGCUGUUUGAGAUUCUGAAGCUGUGUGAGGAUAUCGGCGAUAAAGUUUUGGUGUUCAGCCAGAGUCUCCUCUCUCUUGACAUCAUAGAGGACUUUCUGGCCAAGAUAGAUGCAGCAAACCAGCCUGAUGCUGCUGGGGAAGGUGACGGGGCAAAGAAGGACCCAGAGACUGCUGAAAAGCCUGCAGUGAAUGGAGAUGCCGAGAAGGUGACGGCAGAAGGCAGUGGAGAUGGGUUGGCAGCUGGAAGCAAAGCGGUUGAGGAGAAGGAACUCACUGCAGAAGAGAAGAUAGCUAAGGAGUUGAAAGAAAGACUGUCCCAGUUUGGCAAGUGUUGGACAAAGGGUGCAGACUAUUUCCGUAUGGAUGGGUCCACCAGCUCAGUACACAGGAAGGCUGCACAGGACCAAUUCAAUGAUCCAGAAAACUUUAGAGCCCGAUUGUUCUUGAUCUCAACAAAGGCUGGUUCGCUUGGAAUCAACCUUGUGUCGGCCAACCGUGUCAUCAUCUUUGAUGCCUCUUGGAAUCCCUCUCACGAUAUCCAGUCAAUUUUCCGCGUGUACAGAUUUGGUCAGAUUAAACCUGUCUAUGUGUACAGAUUCCUGGCACAGGGUACAAUGGAAGAGAAGAUCUAUGAGCGACAGGUGACGAAACAGUCCUUGUCUCAACGCGUGGUGGACGAACACCAAAUCGAGAGCCACUACACAUCGUCUGAUCUCGCGGAACUUUACCGGUUCACACCUGACCGGCUAGAUGACCCAAACAGAAAGGAGAGACCACUACCCAUGCUACCAAAGGAUCACAUGUUAGCUGAGCUUAUGACAACUUACAAGGAGUGGAUCGUGACAUUCCACGAGCAUGACUCCCUCCUGGAAAAUGUUGUGGAACAGGAACUGACGGAGGAUGAGAAGAAAGCGGCCUGGGAAGACUAUGAGAACGAGAAGAAGGGACUCAAUAAUAUGCGAAUGAUGGGAGGUGUGCCGAAUCAAGGAGCCUUCAUGAACCAGCAGUACUUGGCCACCCAACAGAUGAACAUGCAGAACCUUCUCCUCCAGGGCCAGGCCUCCCUCGGCCAGCCCGCCGUGCUCCAGAUUGUACAGGAUCUCAAAGCUAGGUUCCCGAACCUUCCCCCUGAAGUGUUCCAGCAGCGAGUCCAGGCUGUGUUGAGACAAGUGAUCACAAACCAGAUCAUGCAGCAGUCAGAGAUACAACGCAGACAGAUUGAGCAACAGCGUAUGAAUGAGCUGAAUCGUCUCAACCAGCUGAAAGCCCAGAUCCAGCGCCAACAGCAGAUGCUUGGUGGCCAGGGCGGAGGGUUCAAUAUGGGUGCAGGGCGUGGACUUCCUGCUAGUGGUAGUUUCGCUAAUCUAGGUGGGGCUGCAGGCUCUGCUAGUGGGCUACAGUCAUCGGGCUCUAUGCCAAACUUACAGCGCCAUCUCAUGGGUCUUGCAGCUGACCAAAAUGCUCAAACCCGCAAGACCAACACCCCACCACCAAAGCCCAAGUAGCUGAUUUGUAGGGACUUCUUUACUUCUUUUGGUACAAAUUCAUGAACAUUAUGUCAUCCGCCAUUUCUAGACAUUGUAUUGGUAUCAUGACUCAAAGGUUUCUGGUGGUAAUUGUGUAAUUUAUGCUUUAACAAGCUUUACAUUUGAAAAAAAUGAACUAAUUUAAUUCUGUACUAAGUAAGCAUUCUUUUAAAAUGAAGGAUAUUACUAACUUGAUAAACUGAUCUUUUCAAGUGUUAUGUACUAAGUCAGCAUUCUUUAAAAAUAAAGAUUAUUACUUUCUUGAUUUACUGAUCUUUACAAGUGUCGCUACUUGUAUAUGUAUAUCGCUGGGCGAAAGUGGCAAGGUGCUUGAUGCUUCUUAAUAAAAUGCUCCAAAAACAGUCUGUCUUUCACCCCUUAAUCUUAACAAUCAAUUGAAAUUUCAUCAAGACAAAAGAAAUCCUCCUUCUUUUUCACAAGUGAGUCCUGGAAGAGAUGAUUUCUGUAGCUAAAAUAAUACAUAUUUUUGUAGGACAUGGUAUUGUGAUUCUUAUUGUUAGUGUGUUUGUAAAUAAGUGUGUAGUUUUGAUGGAUUAACGAAAAAUGAUUUUAAAGUCAAGUCAUUGGGAGGGUAUUUAAUAUUGUAUUAGUUGAAAGGUAUUCAUGUAUGUAAUUGAUAUUUUACUGUGUUAAUAAGUGUGUAAACUUUCAAAUGAAACUUAUGACUGAUUUUAUUUAUGAAUAUCGUUAUAAACGAUAAUGUCUGACAGUAUUUCUUUUUGACACAUGUCCGUUUACGUUGUCACACAUUCAUUAUGUUGCUUUUAGUUAUGUGUUGAUCAUGCACUCGAAGCUUCUAAUCAAACAUGCUUGUCCAUUGGUUGCUAUAAGGGUGUAUAAGCAGUCGGAUUUAGGAGGCUUAUAAGCGCUUAGGUAAUUAAUGGACAUGUAACUUGCAAACUGAAAAUUGUUUUUAAAUCCCUUUUUGGCCAGUCUGGUUUUUUUUUAAAGAUAAAAGGCAAGAUUUUGUCAUAGCCUUGGCGGUUUUGUGUAAAUCUUAAAUUUUGGUCAUAACUCACAAGAUGUAAAAAGUAUUCAAAUGAAACUUGGUACACAUGUUGCCUUAGACAAAAGCCACAUGUUAAGCAAGGCCCAUAACUCCGGCUUUACUAAUCUUCGAGUAACGCCUCUUGUUCGAGAGGGUAAAGUGCAUUCCCUGGUGUUUGCUUUGUCCCGCUCUUGUUAAGCUAUAUACCAUCAUUCAUGUAACACUCAUUUUGAGUAUAUCCAUAAUUAUGAUACAACCUCAGUCAUCAAAAUUAGACUUUUGGAUGAACAAGCUCGAAUUCUUAAACUAUUACUUGGCAUCAAAUUUUUGAACAAGCAAGCCCUGCUAUAUAAAAUUCAGAAUUUGAGCAAGCCUGAAAGACAUUUUACCAGUGCAGGGCUUGCAGGCUUGAGAUAUUUUCGACCACUGCAAUCUGUAUUUCAUGAUCAGUUUCUCAGAUUGAAGUCUUUACAAUAUAUUUUGGUAAUCUAUUAUUACCAACUUAUUGAAUGGAUGUUGCAUUGUUUAUCUGAAAUAACGUUGAAAAAGGUAUUCCUUAUUUAUUGCUAAAUUAUCACUGAUUUUGAUUAUAUUUUGUAAUACAUGUACGGUACUAGUACAAGUCACUUUAAGAUGAAAGAAAAACUGGUAAAUUAGAAUUCAGAUUAUUUUACUGCUGGUGAUUGCAAAUAAAUAUUACCAUAGAUGUCAAUCCUAUUCUAUGAAAUUUAAAUAAAUUGUAAUUGUGUUGCCUUUACAUUUUGGCAAGUAAUUGACAGUUUCCUUCGUUUAAAAUUAGAAAAUAAGGUUCUAUUGACAAAAUAACAUACAUCUCAACUUACUUCAUUGUAAUUUUGUACUCAGAUUUGAACUUGCCAUUGUUACAAUACAUAUAUGUUAAGACUUACAAUUGUUAUAUAUUAAUAUUCAAUUUCAAUACAUGUAAUUUGCCCUUCACAUCAUGAAUAAACUAAGAAAUCAA